AUGGUCGUGCGACUGCGCCUUAGCCGCAAGGGCACGCGCAACAACCCGUUCUACCACGUCGUGGCGAUCAACGAUUCCAAGCCGCGUGAUGCACGUCCUAUCGAGAAGCUGGGGGAGUUCGACCCUGUGCCGCGCGCGCCUUCUGCGGCACGGCUACCGACGCCGUUCCUCGGCAGCAGCAGCAGCAAGAAAGCGCACGCCGCGCCCGGGCACGGCGCACUCAUGACGUCCGGCCUCCCCCCCACCGCACCGACAUCAGUAGAGGGUAAGCAGCAAGAGGAGGGGUUGAAGCAGAAGAGACUCGAGUGGAACGAAGACAGGAUCAAGCAUUGGUUGAAACUAGGCGCGCAGCCGAGCAAGCCCGUGGCGAGGCUGUUGGACAGGGCGGGGCUUGUGCCCGAGGGGGUGCAUUACAAGGGCAUCUACCGGCCGCCGCCCGUGGAGCACCUGGUAAAAGAGGCACGCGAAGCGGCGGUCAAGAAGGCCAGCUCAUAG